ACUAAAUUUGCUGUUUGCAACGUGAAUUUUUUUAGUACUUAAAAAAUGCAUUAAUUUAGUUCUAAAUUUAGUACUUAAUUUAGUAUCGUGACAUACAGCCUUAAGUUCUGUUUAUAAAUACGGGCCCUAAAGAAACGAAGACGUAAAAAAGGACAAAGAAAAAGAAGAAGAAGAAGAAGAAUUGCGGUUAGGUUGUUUUUAAAAAUAAAUAUUUUGGACAAUUUAAAUUUUUACUGAAUUUUUCGUUGUUAUAACAUGACUACGCUAAGGCCAUUUACUUGCGAUGAUAUGUAUAAAUUUAAUAAUGUAAAUCUUGAUCCUUUGACAGAAACUUAUGGUUUAUCUUUUUAUAUGCAGUACUUGGCUCAUUGGCCGGAAUAUUUUCAAGUUGCUGAAUCUCCAAGUGGUGAAAUUAUGGGAUACAUAAUGGGUAAAGCUGAAGGAAUAGGUGAAAAUUGGCAUGGGCAUGUCACGGCAUUAACAGUGUCUCCAGAUUUUCGUAGAUUAGGAUUGGCUGCAUCUUUAAUGAAUUUCUUAGAGGACGUUUCAGAGAAGAAACGAGCAUAUUUUGUUGAUUUGUUCGUGAGAGUGAGUAACAAAGUAGCAAUCAAUAUGUAUAAAAAUUUGGGUUAUAUUGUUUAUCGAACUGUUUUGGAAUAUUACUCAGGUGAUCCUGAUGAAGAUGCUUAUGAUAUGCGGAAAGCUUGCUCUAGGGAUGUCAACCAAAAAUCUGUUGUACCUUUGACCCACCCUGUUAGGCCUGAAGAUGUUGAUUAAAACAUACAAGGAGAUUUCAUUUUAAAAUAUAUGACAUAUUUUUUAUGUUGAUCAAGUGCUG